CUCGCACCCGCCCCCAACCACCGGUAGAAUGCGCGUGUACUCGUCGACCGACCCGAACAACUCUCUCGCCUUCCACAGCGGCCGAGUCUACACGAUCGAUCGCAACCACCCAUGGGCGGAGGCAUUCAUCGUGUCGCCGAUGGGCAUCAUCGAAGCCAUCGGCAGCAACGAGAGCAUCCUGGAGAUCGCGUCCUCCCGGGGCCUGAUCCGAUAUGACCUUCGACAUCGGUUCGUGAUGCCGGGCAUCCACGACGCGCACGCCCACCUCCUCACCGCGGGCCUGCAAGCCCUAAACGAAGCGCGCAUCGGCUUCAACUCCAACCCGGACAACCUCACCUCCCGCCUGGCCCACGGCUCCUCCGCCUGCUCCUACGCCAACGCCACCGGCGACUGGCUGAUCGGAAACUUCUACCAGGCCAGCCACUUCCCCAACGGCGUGCCCGACCGCAAAUACCUCGACGACCAAUACCCCGCGCAGCCGGUGCUGAUCCGCGAAGUCUCCUGCCACCGCAUCCUGCUCAACACGGUCGGCCUGCUGCGCGUGGGCAUCAACCCCAACGGCUCCCCGGACCCAGAAGGCGGGUACUACGUGCGUCGCCCGGACGGGAGUCUCACCGGCGAGGUGGUCGAAAACGCCAUGACAGAGGUCUACGAGUGUCUGCCCAUCCCGCCGCUCGCGCACGUCAAACGCGCCAUCCACCACGCCGUCUCCGUGUGCCAUCGCUUCGGAAUCACCUCCUGCCAGGAAGCCUCCGCCAACACCGUCUACAUGCAUGCCAUCCGCGAGCUGGAGCAGGAGAACCGUCUGGACAUGGACGUGCACACGCACGUGAUCGCCGCGCCGGUGUACUUCGCCAUGGAGCCGCAGGAUAGUCUGGCGGGGCUGCUGGAUGUCGUGGAGGGGUUUCGCAGUCGACACGUUCAUCCCCAGUUUGUGAAGUUCUGGCUCGAUGGCGCUUCCCUGCCCCCCGAGUUUACACAGGCCGAUCUGGACGCCCGGGGCCAGCCGAUCACCACUAAUCUAGCGCUCGAUCCGGAGUUUCUGUUCGAAGAGAUCAGGAAGUACGAUGCCCGGGGCAUGACGUGCAAGGUCCACGUGGCGGGCGAGGGAUCCGCCAGACUGGCGCUGGACAUUAUCGAACGGAUCCGCGAGGGAAAUCCAUCCGGACCGAAACACGAGCUGGCGCACUGUAAUGCUGUGCAUUCGGAUGACAUCGCGCGAUUCGCGCCGCUCCGAGUGACGGCCGAGAUGUCGCCGGCGAUUUUCCACCAUCCGGUGGUGGACGAGUACCCCGAGCUGAAUAAGUGGGCGUUCAACGGGGUUUUGGCCUCGGGGGCGCUGAUGACCAUCGGGUCGGACUGGAUGCUGCCGGAGAAUCCGUCGUUGUUCGAUGCGUUGGCGGCCAUUGUGGAGCGGAUACGCUACUUCCCCGGCGGGAAGCCGAGGAGGCUGGCGAACGGGGAGACGGCGCGGCAGCGAGGCGGCGAGAUUCUGUGCGCUGUGUUAACGCUCAGUGGCGCGGAGGCUGUCGGGAUGCAGCAUCGCACGGGCAGUUUGGAGGUGGGUAAGAUGGCGAAUUUCAUUCUGGUGGAUCGCGAUCUGAGCCAGGGGGAGUUUGAGGGGGCGACGGUGUUGGAGACGUGGUUUGAAGGGAGGAAGGUGUUUGAGGUGUGAGAGUGAGUAUGAGUGUGAGGCUUGAGGCUUAGGAGGCUGAGGCCGAGUUAAGGCUUCUCUGGACUGGAUGGGGAUGGACUUGGAAAGAUAGACUGUACAACAUUUAAUAUAACUUCGUUGCCUGAUCGA